CAUUUUCCAACACUGCAAUAGCUGCAUUUGUUGACCAACCGCACAAAAACAUUGUUGCUCGAAUUUGUUUAAAUGUAGUAUUUAAUACAAUCAAUUAUAAACGAAAUGGCCUACGAUGAGCGCAGUAGUGAUGGCAGCAGCUCCAGCGAGACGCCGGAUACCUACGCCCACUUGCUGUCCCCAAAACCAGGCCAGUCCUCCCAGACGCCGGCAACUGCCAUGCCCAAGCACAUUCCCUUCCCCGAGCACGCCACCACAUCCGAAUGGCUGAGUGAACUGAUUAUGUGCGCCUUUACCAUGGGUUCGGCCAUUGUCCAGUUCAUAAACAUUUACAGGACCAACUGGUGGCUACCACAGGCCCACACAAGGCAUAUGGUGAACAUAGAGCUAAUUGAUCCGUAUCUCCGCUAUCUGAUGCUCAUACUAAACACGCGAAGACUGAUUUACUGCUUGCUCCUGGUAAAGCUAAGAAGGGGCAAUGAGAAGAGUCAGCGGUGGAUCCGCCUGGGAAUCAAGUACGGAUUUGGAGGCCUCGUUCAGCUGGCCUUGGGUUUUUGUGCCAUGAAGCUGUACCAGCAGCACUCCUACAUAAUACUGCUCUUCCUAUCCUAUCCAGUUGUCAUCUACUUGCUGAUCUUUGGCUUCCAACUGGAGCCCUUCCUGCGAACCAGAUUCGAGCUGCCCGGAGUUUAUAUUAACGAUUUGCCCGUCCACAGCUGCACUACGAAUGCCGUGCACAUCCGGGACGAGGUUGAGACACUGCGUCAUGACUUUAACAAACGCUUUAAGCAACUCAUUUUCACCUCCAUGCUAAAUGCCUAUUACAGUGGCUUAAUGCCCUGCUGCCUGGCGGUCAGUGUCCAAUAUAAUGUACUCCGGGCAGCCCAGCACUGCAUCAUUGUUUGCCUGGGCGCUUUUAGUUUGUGUGCGGUGUUCCUUUACCCGGCCAAGUACAGCGAUACGUUGCAUCGGGCCACUCUGCAUUUGGGCUGCUGGCAGCGAAUUGACCGAGAGCCAGCGCCCUCGCAACUAAUUGUGGCGGCCAGUGCUUUGUCCUGGUCGAAAUAUUCAUCCUAUGGCCAUGGAACUGUGGUGAAGCACAACGGGGGUCUGUACCGGAGCCAGGGAGUAGUCACAGUGGCCACGCCGGGAAAUGCCAGUCAUGCGCGAUUCUAUAAACUCUUCCACAAUCCCACCAUCAUUUACUCCACGCUGGCCACUCUCCAGGCGGCCGUGCUGCUGGUGGAAAUUGGUUCCCUAAGCGCCGAGAGCGUAGAGUGGCACUUUGUGCUAUCCAUCAGCUUUGUGGCCUUCACUAGCAUGGGCGCCUUCUUCAAGCUGGUGCGUGACUAUUUCAUCACCAAAGAUCUGUACAAGACUGAGCACGCCGUGGCCUCCGAUCAGCCCUUCCGCCUACGCAUGAGAGAUGCAUUUAUUUAAUAAAGUAAUAAAAAU